AUGACUGGGCUCUGGCUGAUUUGUGUGGUACUCUUCAGCGGAAGUUCCACCGUUUCCGCGCACGAUGAUCAGCUCUUGCCCUAUCUCCUUGGGACUGCGCCACGAGAUCCGGAGUGGCUGGCCAAGCAGGCGAAGGACGACCGCGAGAGGUUCCGGGAGGCCACCUGCUCCUUCGGCGUGCUGGGCAUCAUCUCCAAUCUGGCGCGGGUGGCCUUCACGAUGCGGAACAUUGUGAACUUCUGCCCCCUGUCCGUGAAGGCCUCGGCCGCGCCCAAAAAGCCUGGGGAGGGGGCCUCGCUGCCAGAGAAGGUGUGCACCCUCAGCGUCGCCACCUUGUGGGGGGGUCUGGCCCAACUCGCACGCUCCUUGACGACGGUGGUCAUCUCCACCUGCGAGCGCUCUGCCACUGUGGAGGAGGGCUGCGCCGCCUCCAUCGAGACCAUUCUGAUCCCCUGGACGCUGCUGCUGAACGGCGGAAUCAUCAUCUCCGCCACCUGCGACCAAGGAGCGGUUGACCUGCCCAAGAGCGUGGAGCCUGGACGGCGCUUGAUGGAUCCCCGGGAUCUGCCGGUGAAGCGCCAGUGGGACCUUGCGCAAUGCGUUCUGGACGCCGUGGACGCCGCGCGAUCUAUCGCCGCCAUCGGCAUUACCAUUGAUGCGGUGAGCAGGCGCUGCCCGCCCAACCGGGCCACGGCCUUCGGCGAGGCCUUGUCCACGGCGGGCUGCACGGUGGACGUCUCCGCGCUGCUCUCGUCCUUCACGAAGCUGGUCUUCUACUUGGCCCUGGCGGUGAACCACUGUUCCCCAGAGCCGGAGCGCGAUGCCUUGUGCCUGGUGGGCGUCUCCGCCAUCGCGGCGGGGCUCUCCUCCACGGCGGCCGGCGGCGCUGGGAUCUAUGGCACCUGCCAACUCGGACCGAAGAAGCAGCUGAUCGACAAGCUUGAGAAGCUUCAGGAGGGACCGGACGCUGUCACAUUCUCGGCGCCUUUCAUCCUGCCGCGGAAGCUGAGGUCCGAUGCGCAUCAAAACCUGAGCCACGAGAUGGAGGACCUGGACAAGAUUUGGCUCCAGCUGGGCUACAACCUCUCGGAUACAACUGCCGAGUGGCUGCGGAGCGGCGAGAGCCCGGCCACUCUGGAGAUCCGCUCCGCAGCCGAGGAGCUCGUGAGGAACAUGACGGCGGCCAAGCCACACAGCGCGGCACGACGUCCCGUCGCUCCGGUUGCCGGCGAGUUCCUGGGGACAGGCAGAGUCCAGGCGCCGCCGUGCUUGGAAGAGGGUGCCUGGGCCCUGAGCGCUCGCUGCGGCGUCGCGGGGGAGGAGGUCUCUCUGGAGGAGGACGCCGGGAAGUGCCAAGCGCGCUGCGCCAGGACGUUGGGCUGUGCCGCCUUUGCUUUUUGGAGCCCGGGGGGUCAAUGCCACCUCCUGGGGCAUUUGACGUUGCUGGCCAAACCGGAGGCUCCGCAGACGCCAGGUUGGGUGUCUGGACCCGCCGCCUGCAACAUCUCAACUCUGAGCCGUGAGACUCGUCUCCUGGCGCAACGCCACGAAGACUGCUACGCGCCCCAUGCGCUAUAUCAACCUUUGCUGGAAGACGUGGAGCCUCGGGAAAUGGCCUCAGCCCUUCACUGCCAGCAGUGGUGCGAGGAGAUUUCCUCCUGCGCCCACUUCUCCUUCUUCACGCCCACCCGGCUCUGCCACCUCUCCGACGCGCAGGCGACAAAGCUUCAACCGGUGCUCAACUUCGUGGCCGGGCCCAAAUCCUGCACCGAAUUCGCCGCUCUGGCGGACCUUCAGUUCUACCAACCCGAGAAAGAUGCUGCCAGCGUCUUGCGAGCUUUGAGGUCGGCGGCAUCCCAGAUGUCCCUGUGGGGCGAUGACGACUACAAGGCCUACACGGUGAAGAGAAGCACGGGAAUGGAGCUGGCGCAUCCGAUCCCCUUGAAAGAUGCGGCCGGCACUGCUUCAGAGAUGGAGCGGGCGAUGGACGAGGAGAAAGAUGAAUCCCCUGACUUUCAGUCCGACGCCCUGAACAGCACCAUCUACAACCUCCGAGCAGCUGGCUUAGAAAGGAGCAGCGCCGCGGAGUCCGGGUGCCCUAUUGUGUCAGGACCCGCUCUCUAUAGCAUGGACGAUGCGGGGGGCUUUGACAACUACAUCCUCCGCACCCCGCCUCAGAUGAUGCCGGUGCCGCCUGACAAGCCGCGGGAGAGGAAUGGCAAGCGGGCGUUCCACAGCAGACUGCUGCGGAUUGCAGAGCACAGCCCCACCUGCGAUGAGGAGGAGUUGGCCAAGCCCCGCCCCUCGCUGCAGUUGCUGGUGGCCCAGCGAUCGGCCUCCAAGCGGACGAAUCGCCUAUCAGAGGCGAUACAUUGGGCGCAGGGGAAGCUCGGACAUGAUCCUGAAGACCAGCUUUGA